UAAUGUCGCACCAACCAAAGCAGAAGUUCUGGAAUUACAAGGGCUCUCACGUGUGGAGAAUACGGAUAAGUGUACCUUCAAGAUUAAAGAAAUUGAGUCACUAACGGAAUUAGAUGACUUUUUGUACAAGUUUCUUACUUGGUUAAAGCGAAUAGAGGGAAAAGAUUACAAGGCCAAAAGUAUUCAUAACUGCUAUGCUUCCGUGGCCUGGUACCUAAAAGAACAUAGCGAGAUUAAACCCUGUAAAUUGUGCGAUUUGUAUCAUUUCGGCAAGGCAUUGAGAACUCUUGACGGUAAAAUGAAAAAGUUGCAAAAUGAAGGUCUGGGGGAAAUGGAUCAAGCCUCACAGUUAACUGCAGAUGAGAUUUUUCAAAUUCUCAAUCAUGAAACUAUGCAAGUUGAUACCAACGAAGCAUUGAAACGCAACAAAUAUGAAAAAAGUUCCACACGAAAGAUCCCAAUUCCUUCUGAUCAAGUGAAUAAUUGCUUUAAACCUAUUGAAAAUACCUUGUACUUGAUAUCGUUUCAUCCUGAUGAUGCUUGUGAAUCUUUUUUUUUAGAAACAACACGGGCUGCAAAGGGUUUAAAACUAUCGUUGGAACCAUCUGAAAGAUUUUCGCUGGAACCAUCUCAAAGAUCUUUGUCAGAACUAUCUUCAUUGGAACCAUCCGAAAGAUCUUUGUUGGAACCAUCCGAAAGAUCAUCACCUGAACUAUCCGAAAGACCAUUAUCUGAACUAUCCCAAAGGUCAUCACAAAGACUAUUUCAAAAAUCAGCCAAAAAACCAUCCAAAGGACUAUCGCAUAGAUUAAAGUCUACACUAUACGCACUAUUUAAACCACCUUACAAGAUUUCAAAUGAUCAACCUACUCAUAUUCCUCCUAAAAUUAGAAAAUCAUCAUCAGCUCAAGCAAUACCAGCGGCUCGAGCAAGAUCAUCAACUCAAGCAAGACCACCGUUAAACGAUCUUUCAAAUCGUUUCUCACCUUUAACUUACCAAGACAUUAAGGAUAUUAACAAUAAUGAUAAAGAAAUUAAAGAAAUUCAUUAUCAUUUUCAUUAA